UGCGGCGUCAGUCCUCCUUUAAACAGCUGCUCCAGGACUCAGACCCCAGCAGGAACCUGACCCUGACUGUCUGUGUUCUUCUUCUUCUUCUGCUUCUUCUUCUUCUUCUUCUUCUUCUUCUUCUUCUUCUUCUUCUUCUUCUUCUUCUUCUUCUUCUUCACUUCCGGGUCCAUGGGCUCCCCGGGCCCUGCUCUGCGGCCUGUCCGCCUCUCUGCGCUCUGCUCCCGGAUCCCUCCUCCACCGUGGCCCGGAGCCUCCAGGGGUCUCACCGCCCGGACCGCGACCCCAGAGGGGACGGCCAAGCUGCGGACCAUGGACCAGCUGCCGGGUCCGAGCCAGACCACCACCCUGUACUGGCUCUUCUGGAGGGGGUACGGGGACCGGAGCCACGCCCUGCAGGGGGUCCAGAAGGCCCUGUACGGGCCCAUGUGGCGCAGCAGGUUCGGACCCUUCGACAUGGUCAACGUGGCCUCGGCGGACCUGAUCGCCCAGGUGAUCCGGCAGGAGGGCCGGUACCCGGUUCGAGCCCCGCUCCCCCAUUGGAAGGAGUACCGGGACCUGAGGGGGCAGGCCUACGGUCUGCACGUGGAUACCGGACCGGAGUGGUACCGGAUCCGGAGCGCCCUCAACCCCAGGAUGCUGAAGCCCCGGGAGGCGGCGGCCUUCGCCCCCGUCCUGCACCAGGUGGUGUCGGACCUGCUCAGGCGGAUCCAGGACCUCCGGAACCGCAGUCCGGACCGGACCACGGUGUCUGACGUCACCGCAGAACUGUACAAGUUUGGCUUCGAAGGUAUCUCGUCCAUCCUGUUUGAGACUCGUCUGGGUUGUCUUCAGGAGGACAUUCCUCAGGACACUCUUCGCUUCAUCUCUGCCGUUAACUCCAUGCUGACGCUGUCGGAGGUGGUCGUCCUGCUUCCGCGUUGGACCCGCCGCGUCCUCCCGUUUUGGACGCGCUUCGUCCGGGCCUGGGACGACCUCUACGACGUAGCUCAGUCCCUCAUCGACCGGCGAGUGUCGGAGAUGGAAGGUCAGGUGAGCGGCGGCCAAGUGUCGGAGGGGAUGUACCUGUCCUACCUGCUGUCCUCGGACAAACUGAGCCGAGCCGAGGUGUCCAUCAGCGUCACCGAGCUGCUGCUGGGGGGCGUGGACACGACCUCCAACACCUUGUCCUGGUCCUUGUACCACUUGGCCCGGGACCAGAGGGUCCAGGACCGGCUGUACCAGGAGGUGGACUCGGUUUGUCCGGACCGGAGAGAACCCACCACCCAAGACCUGACCCAGAUGCCCUACCUGAAGGCCGUCAUCAAGGAGACGCUGCGCCUUUAUCCUGUCGUUCCUGGAAACGGACGAUUUGUUUCAGAGAAUGAGGUGAUCCUGGACGGAUACUGGUUCCCAAAGAAGACUCAGUUCCAUCUGUGUCAUUACGCCGUCCUUCACGACGAAGCCGAGUUCGUCAACGCCGAGAGCUUCGUCCCGGAGCGUUGGCUUCGUACGCCCGGAGGCGGGGCUUCGCCCAGAGGCGGGGCCUCACCCGGCUCCUUCCGGCACCACCCCUACAGCUUCAUCCCCUUCGGCGUCGGAGUUCGAGCGUGUGUCGGGAAGCGAGUGGCGGAGUUGGAGAUGUACUUGGCUCUGUCCAGGUUGGUUCAACACUAUCAGCUCCGUCCUGCAGAUGGCGCCGGCACCGUGGAGCCCAAAACCAGAACCCUGCUCAUUCCCUCCGCCCCCAUCAACCUGCGCUUCCUGUCCAGAGCCUGAGGGGGCGUGGCCAAGCGCCCAGAUCCUGAGGGGGCGUGGCCAAACGUCCAGAACCUGAGGGGGCUCUGAAGUGGGCGGGGCUUAGAGCAGUACAGUGCAGUUCAAUGGAUGGUUUUGUAAAAAAACAGCUGUGAAAUUUAAAAAUAAUAAUCUAAUAAUCUAAUAAUACUAAUAUUACUAUUACUACGACUACUAUUAAUAAAAAUAACACAUUAAUGUAGUGGUCUGCCUAGGCCCGGGGUGGGGGGUGGAAGUGGGCGGGGCAUAGAGCAGUACAGUGCAGCUCAAUAGAUGGUUUCUGUAAAAAAAAGUACAGAGGCAUAUUGCAUUCACGCAAAAAAAAAAAAUUCGGCUCUGUUUUUCCAAAUUAACGAGAUAAUUAUCUCGUAAUUACGAGAAAAAAAAUAAGUUGAAAAAAAAUUUGGCUCUGUUUUUCUGAAUUAAUGAGAUAAUUAUCUUGUAAAAACAGAGCCGAAUUUUUAUUUUUUCAUAAAACAAUAUAAAAUACGUUUUUAAAAAAUUGGCUUUGUUUUUCCAAAUGAACGAGAUAGUUUUCUGAAAAAUUUUAAUUUCAGCUCUUUUUUUUUUCAAGAUAAUUAUAUUAAAUAAUCAACAAAAUGAACAAAAAUAAGCUGAAACUGUUCAAGAUAAUAAUCUAAUAAUAAUACUCAUCACAGAUCAGCGCAUGCAUCAUGUUCCUUUAAAUACACCGUUUGUAUUUAUGUCACUUUAAUCAUCAUUUUUGCAGUGUCAUUUAAUACCGUUCAUGUAGAGUUUGGUUCUAAUGUGAUGCUGACAGCUCCAACAUCAUAUGGGUUUUUUUAAAAAUAAUAUAAUUAUUAGGCAAAUUUUCUGUAGAUAUUUGAACCCAAAUCCUUAAAGAAAAGAACGCUCUUUUCAUUUAAAAUAGGAUUUUUGCUGCUAAAUAUAGUUGUUGUUUUUUUUAUCUGCUUUAGUGUUUUUUCUAAUAUGUGCUGCUGUGAGCGUAUCCUGUAUCUGAAUCUAUUUUACAUUUUAUAUUUUUAUGUGCUACUGAGAACACACACAUCUAAUCCAUCCAUCCAUCCAUUUUCUUCCGCUUAUCCGGGGCCGGGUCGCGGGGGUAACAGUCUAAGCAGGGAUGCCCAGACUUCCACAUCUAAUCCAUGUCAUUUAAACACACACACACACACACACACACACACACAGAUCAUUUAAAGGGCAGAAUGGAGCUGAACGUACGCUUGGACAUGUUUAUUUUUGUAAAAGUGAGUAAAUAAAGGCUUUUACUAACGAGG